UACUCUUCGUUGCAGUGCCCAGGCUACUCAUUGUGGUGGCUUCUCUUGUUGUGGAGCACGGGCUCUAGGCACGUGGGCUUCAGUAGUUGUGGCACAUGGGCUCAGUAGUUGUGGCUCGAGGACGCUAGAGCGCAGGCUCAGUAGUUGUGGUGCACGGGCUUAGUUGCUCCACGGCACGUGGGAUCUUCCCAGGCCAGGGCUCGAACCCGUGUUCCCUGCAUUGGCUGGCGGAUUCUUAACCACUGCGCCACCAGGGAAACCCUCUUUAUACAUUCUUGAUACAAGUCCCUUGAAUAUGAUUUGCAAAUAUUUUCUUCCAUUCUGUUGGGUUGUCUUUUCACUUUCUUGAUGGGGUGGUCCUUAGAUGCACAAAAGUAUUUUAUUUUGAUGAAGUACACUUUACAUAUAUUUCUUUUGUUGCUUGUGCUUUGGUGUCAUAUCUAAAAAACCAUUGACUAAGCCAAGGUCCCAAAGGUUUAACCUUAUGUUUACUUCUAGGAGUUUUCAGAUCUGACUUUUGAAUGUUCUUGGGGCAACCCCCUGAGCAGACCCCAAGCUACCCUGGCUGCAACCCUCCACAAAACCCCCACUCUAAUCCCGAAGAGUCUGCUUACAUUUCAGCCUUUCCCCUCCAAGGGUUCACAUGGGGUGGCCAACUGUGGACAGGCAUCCAGUCAGGAGCUGGGGACAGCUUGAAGGUUUAGGAUGCAGGCUGGUGAGAGAGGAGGUGGCUAGUGUCAGACUCUGGGCACCAGGCCCUGGGACCAAGGUUCCAAGUUGAGAAAGCACCUGCUGGGGCCAAAAGCCCAACCUACCUUGGCAGCUGGGUGGGUCCUUCCAGGAGGGGCUGGGCCCACUUCUGUCCAUCUCCACCUUCCCUACUCCUCCAUUGCUAGGAGCUGGGACAGCAGGUCCACUCUAGGAAAGAAGCCUGUCGAAAGUGAUCCACCAAACUUGUCUUUCCUUAUUUCUAUUUACACUGAUUGUCUGGCUGCCCUCUUACAGAUUUAUGAUCAGAGGCUGGUGACCUCUCACAGCUGCAGGACUUUAGGACCUAGGAGAUCCUUUUGGGAAACCCAGGUGUUGGAGGCCAGCUCUACUGCUCCGGCUGGGGUAGAUGACUGGGUGGAUGGGUGUGGACACAGAGAGGGGCACCAGGGCCAGGAAAGAGCAGCUCAGAUCUCCCGGGCCGGCCAAUACCUGCCCCGCUGGGCGCCCAGCACUCCUUUGGAAAGCCCGCUGCCUGCUCGCCCCGCGCGCCAAUCUGGUGGAUUGGGCCGGAACCGCGGGCGGGGCGGGGCCAGCGCGGCCCGCUUUGGGGCGGUGCGUGCAGCUGUGCGAGCCGACGCCGCGCGGCUCCGCCCCGAGCAUCCAGAGCCGACCCGACUGCGCCCGGCAGAGCCGUAGGGCGCUGGAGCUUGAGACUGUGCUGGUGGGCAGCCCCCGGGCAGAUGGGCUUAUCUCCCUCCUUACCACCUCUGAGGAUGCAGACGAGCCCCGGCGGCUGCAGUUUCCCCUACCCACAACCCAGCGGCCACUGGAGCCUGGGGCCCCCCGCUGGGCCAACUACAUCAAGGGAGUGAUUCAGCACUACCCAGCUGCCCCCCUCCCUGGCUUCAGUGCAGUGGUGGUCAGCUCAGUGCCCCUGGGGGGUGGGCUGUCCAGCUCGGCAUCCCUGGAAGUGGCCACGUAUACCUUCCUGCAGCAGCUCUGCCCAGACUCGGGGACAAUAGCCGCCCGGGCCCAGGUGUGUCAGCGGGCUGAGCACAGCUUCGCAGGGGUGCCCUGUGGCAUCAUGGACCAGCUCAUCGCACUGCUGGGGCAGAAAGGCCACGCCCUGCUCAUUGACUGCAGGUCCCUGGAGACAAGCCUGGUGCCGUUGUUGGAUCCCCAGCUGGCUGUGCUCAUCACCAACUCCAACGUCCGCCACUCACUGGGCUCCAGCGAGUAUCCCCUGCGGCGGCGCCAGUGUGAAGAAGUGGCCCGGGCGCUGGGCAAGGAGAGCCUUCGUGAGGUGCAGCUGGAGGAGCUGGAGGCUGGCAGGGAGCUGAUGAGCGGGGAGGCCUUCCGGCGGGCGCGGCACGUGGUGGGCGAGAUCCGGCGCACAGCCCAGGCAGCGGCCGCCCUGAGCCGCGGCGACUACAGAGCCUUCGGCCGCCUCAUGGUGGAGAGUCACCACUCGCUCAGGGAUGAUUACGAGGUGAGCUGCCCCGAGCUGGAUCAGCUGGUGGAGGCUGCGCUCUCUGCGCCCGGGGUUUAUGGCAGCCGCAUGACAGGCGGCGGCUUUGGUGGCUGCACGGUGACCCUGCUGGAGGCCUCUGCUGCUUCCCUAGUGAUGCAGCACAUCCAGGGGCAGUACAGCGGGACCGCCACCUUCUACCUUUCCCAGGCGGCCGACGGCGCCCAGGUGCUGUGCUUGUGAGGCCCUCCCAGGCCGGCCCACGGCAGGCCUGCCCUCCAACCUGGGUGCUCAGUAAACUUGUAUUACCUCUGGCUCUGAUA